UUCACCUUCGACUAUGCAGCUGACCCGAGCACAACGCAGGAGGAGAUGUUCAACAUGAUCGGGCAGCCCUUCACUGACUCGUGCCUUAAGGGGUACAACGGUUGCAUCUUCGCCUAUGGCCAGACAGGCUCUGGCAAGACUUUCACCAUGCAGGGGCCAGAGUUUGACGGGAAGGAGGGCACGAAGGAGCAUAGAGGGCUCAUCCCGAGGACAUUUGACUACCUCUUUGACAAGAUUGCGCACAAGGAGAACGCCGCGAACUCCUCUCGUCCUGGGAGCCUGCAGUUUGUUGUGCGCUGCUCGUACCUGGAGAUCUACAACGAGACCGUGACAGACCUGCUGGACCCGAGCAAGGUUAACCUCCAGGUCCGAGAGAACUCCAAGGAAGGGAUCUACGUGGACGGGCUCACAUGGCAGGAGGUGAGGGAUGCCGAAGCAUGCAACGCGCUCCUUCAGAGAGGCCUGAGGAACAGGCACGUCGGGGAGACGUCGAUGAACAAGGAGUCGUCACGCUCCCACUCGCUGUUCACGCUCAAGGUGGAGAGCACGCACCUGACGGCCGAGGGGCUGACGAAGCAGCGUCACUCGUGCCUCAACCUGGUUGACCUGGCCGGGAGCGAGAGGCAGAAGGCAACCAACGCCUCCGGGGACAGGCUGAAGGAGGCCUCCAACAUCAACAAGUCGCUCUCGGCGCUGGGGAACGUGAUCAUGGCGCUGGCGGACAUCUCGGACGGGAAGGCGCGACACGUGCACUACAGGGACUCCAAGCUGACGUUCCUGCUCAAGGACUCGCUGGGGGGCAACAGCAAGACGGCUAUCAUCACCAACAUCUCCCCAGCAGACUCCAACUUCGGGGAGACAAUCUCCUCCCUCAAGUUCGCGCAGAGGGCGAAGCUGAUCAAGACCAGGGCAAUCCUGAACGAGGAC